AUGGCUUGCUCUGAUCAGUUUUUCAGUGGCAAAUCAGUAGGAAUUGUAGGUCUUGGCAGAAUUGGAUCGGCUAUUGCUAAGAAAGCUGAGGCUUUUGGCUGUGCAAUCAGUUAUAUUCCCGAUUUGAUCACUGCAUUGGGUCCAACAGGAAUUCUCAUCGACAUUGCAAGAGGGCCUCUCAUUGAUGAACCUAAGCUGGUAUCUGCUCUUCUUAAAGAAGGCCAGUUAGGUGGAGCUGGGCUUGAUGUGCUUGAAAAUGAACCUGAAGUUCCUGAUCAAUUCAUUGGACUUGAUAACAUAGUCCUCUCACCUCAUGUAGGAACGUGCACGGUGGAACCUCGGAAGGCAUUGGCUGAUCUUGUCAUCUCAAACUUGGAGGCACAGUUUUGUCCACUACUAGGGCUGCAAACGAAGUCCGAGCUCAUGAUCAAGUCGAAUUCAAACUCAAAGAUAUAUAUUGGUCGUAAAUACUACAUUGGCGCACAAAUUUUAGUGUCUUGUGAAGCCAUUGGAGACUUGAGUGCUGUCUGGUUUCUUUAUUUUACGCCAUUUAUGAACAUAACUGGAUUUGGGAUCAUGUUCGAAUUCACAAAGCAAAUGGAUCAUAAUAUAAUAUGUGGAUUAGAAAAAGCACAGGCGUUCUGCAAAUACUAA